AUGGUCUACCGACCACACCGGGACCUGCAAAACCGGUACCGCUCGGGACCGUGGACCCCCCCUCCACCACGGACCUUGCCACCAGGUCCACGGACCUCCACCACACGGGGACCGGUUGACCACCCGGAACACCUCCACACACGGGACCGCACCGACCACGGGACCGUCCGACCAGCAGCGGGAAGAACCUCCCACCACCAAACGGAGGGGGGGACCUCCACACGGGACCUCCACCGACCGACGAGACCUCCACCACCGAGCGGGACCUCCACCGACCACGGACCUCCACCACCGGUGCCCCGGGUGACCGAGCUGACACACCACCGACAGGGACCUCUACCACCACGGGACCGUGAUGAUGCGAAGCCACACGUACGAGACCGCCUCAGCCCACCACGGACCUCCACCACCACGGACAGCACUUUCCUACCACCCCGGGAUCCACCACCACGGGACCUCCACCACGUCCGGGACGCCCCCCCCCCCAACGGACUCCAACCACACCACUCGGGACCUUGCCAACCACUCCCGGGAUCCUUGGAUAACACACCACAGAAAGUCUCAGAGGGAGAACGAUACAUCUAUUCCCCGUGGAUAGCCUAA